AAAAAUAUAUGGACAUAUGUGUUUUUACAGAAUUUAUUUUUGAUAAAACAUUCAUUUUAAUUUCUCUUUCUAUUCUCCUCUGUGUGACACCCCCUCCUUCCUCCUCUUCGCGGAAUCCUUUUUACCCAAACUGGCUAAUUAGCGGCGUCUGCGCAAUUACGCACAUGCGCACUGGUUACAGUCUCAGCCAUUUUUGAAAGGAAAAACUAAUUAGCUGGAAUAAAGAGCCAAGUGUUUUUGCCCCCGCACUGAUCAAACUCAUUCUACCUCUGGAGCUCGCACAUACCCCUCGGUCCCUUACCCCCUCUUCUGUUUACUACAGCCUAUAUGUAGCUUUAAUUACACUGUUAGUAACAACUUGGAUAGCGCUGCUCUCUCUCUUCACCUCUCCUUUCCCUUUCCUCUCUACCCGGUGGCUCCGUUAAAAAAUCGCAGAGGAUCAUUCAUAAGGAAUGAGAGUGUUCUUUCUACGACUCCUUUUCAGGACUGCUACGCACUCAGCAGACGGAGCUUUGUUCCGGACCCUCCGUAGAAAUGUGGGGCCGUAAUGUCGUGCAGCUUUAGCCUCUGCUAUGGACCGUGGUGAGGGAGGAGGAGAGGAAAGAGGGGGAGGAGAAGAAAGAGAUGCUGACCCCAGUACCAUGGCUUUAACUCGUCCACUCCUGACCCCGGCUGCCAUUCCUGAACAGGGUUCAUCCUCUCGUACCUCUGACAUGGCCCCUGCCAAAGAACCACUGACCCUGCCUCAGCAGCAGGAGGAGGGCGUAGAGGGGUCCAAGGCUCCAAGAGAGAGAGAGCGCUGUUUACAGGAGAAUAGUUUGUGUCACAAACAGGUGAAGAGAAAAUGCCUCAGCGACGGAUGUUUGUCAGUUGAGAGAAAGGAAGAGGGGGUAAAUGUAGGUAGAAAAGAGGCAACAGAUACGGGGGACUUCUCAGCAGCCCUCGGCGGCAAAAAUGAAGAGGAAGACAAGGAAGAGGAGGUAGCCAUCUUAAACCAAAGCCAAACCAAAUCGAAAUUUUCUUUAUUACCUCAGCAGAGCCAGUACAGCUCUUCUUCCAGCAUUGCAAAGGAGAGUGGCACACUUCACAGCAAAACAUCCACCACUACAAAGCCCUCCCCCACGACUUCCACCUCUCCAAAGCACUUCGACAGUCCAUCUUCCUUUUCUGCCCUGUCAAGCAUCACUGAGGUAAAAGACAUUAAGGGAGAUCUAGGCUGGAUUUCUGGAUUUCCUCAGAGCUUUAAAUCCCAGCAGUCUACUGUGGCUUUUCCACAUGCAGAUACAGAACCUGCCAGCAAACCCGCUGAGGAUGAUGGGCUGGCAGGGGUUUCUUAUACUUCCAAUUUCAGUGUAUGUGGUGCCAAAGCUCCAGAACCAAAUGUCAGCAAAGUAGACACAGAAAUGGAGGAGGAAGGAGACAGGGACGAAGAACAAAAUAAGGCGAUUCUUAAAAACCUCAACCAAGACCUCUCUCCGAAUUCAAUGACUAGUCACAUGACCAUAAUGCACUCGCGCAAUUCCUGCAAAACGUUGAAAUGUCCCAAGUGCAACUGGCACUAUAAGUCUCAGCAUACGUUGCAAGUGCACAUGAAGGAAAAGCACCCAGAAACUGGAGGCCAGUGUGUGUGCGGUGCCUCAAGGGGCAAGUGUGUGUGUGGCGGCGCAACGCACGGCGUGUGCGCAUACUGCAGCUCGGGGAAGCCCCAUCCUCGUUUGGCCCGGGGUGAAACCUACGUCUGUGGCUACAAGCCGUAUCGCUGUGAGGUGUGUGACUAUGCUACCUCAUCUAAAGGGAAUCUCAGCAUUCACAUGCAGUCGGACAAACACCUUAAUAACGUCCAAAAUGGGGGCCACUCGAAUGGCAACGUAUACACACCUCAAGUUACGAACAGCAGCAGCUCCUUCGGCGGUCACACAAACGAAGAACCAACGUACAAGAUCCCUCCGUCUAAUCCUCCUCCACACACUCCUCAGUCCACCAAGCUCACACCACCUGCACACUCCAGCUCUAAUGGUAAGCGAUGGCGCUGUGAUGUGUGUGACUAUGAAACCAGCAUUGCCCGCAACCUGCGCAUACACACUACCAGCGAGAAACAUACGCAUAAUCUGCUACGGCUCCAGAGAGGCUACUAUUUAUCUCACAGUAAGAGCCUCCAGUCACAGUUGGAACAACUACAGAGCAAAGGCGCCGAGCUUUCCCUGAAUGUGCGACUGACCGGUCAGCAGGUCGCAGAGCGGCCAGUCACUGUUGGCUCUGCGCUGACACCGUCUCCCUCCCCCUCUCCCUCUCCUCCACCAGCGCCGUCAGUGUCCCCAAAAGCAACACUUACUCAGGGCAUGUUCCAAUGCCUGGUCUGCGCCUUCUUCUCAUCAAGCAGCUUGAAAAUGAUGGAACAGCAUUUGGCCACACCACGCUCCUUACCGCAGUCCGAGUGGUGCUCCCUGGUUGCAGGUGGCUGUCACUGCAGGUUGUGUGGUUACACCACCACGCUAAGGGCCAACUUUUCUUUGCAUUGCCAGACUGACAGACAUCGCACACGUUACCAGCUGAUCGCCCACCUCAAGGAAGGUGGAGACCGAGGUCAGGAGGGUGCUGCCAUUAUUGCUAAGGGAAACCCUGUCCAGCUAAGGUGCAACCUGUGUGAUUAUGUAACCAGCAGUCUUGAGAAGCUACAAGGACACUCCCUGAGUUCCCAGCACAAAGCCAGUGCACGGGUCUACAGAUUCUUGCAGCAGUACGACGGCGAUUUUGAUGGAGAUUCGUGGCUGUUUCACUGUCUUCUGUGCAACCACUCCUGCUCAUCAAAACUCCAAGUGCUGAAACACAGUCAAACUGCAACCCAUCAGCAAAGGGAAGAGCUUUUACAGUUGCAGCCAAAGGACGGGGAGGAGCUAGAAGCCAUUUUUACCAUCAAGAAAGCCCCUGAUGCAGGAAGAGGAGAAGUUGGCUUAGAUAACAGCAUUUCCAGUAAGACCAGUUUUGGUCUUUUGGAAACAACCAAAGACACAAUGAACGUGAGAGAGAAGCAGAUUUCUGAAAAGAAAGGGGAAACAAAAGAGGAAAACCAACAAAUAAGUGAACCAGUUGAAUAUGAAUGCAGCAUGAUGGAGAAUUCAAAUGAAACCAAGCGCCCCAGAAUUCACCAGCAAAAUGAGAACCAGCAGACUGUCCAGUGCCCUUUGUGCCAGGUUGAACUUCCAAACACACACCUUCGGCAGCAUCUUACACAUAUGCACAGUGUGGCGCAAGAUUGUGUGGACAAGAUUAUCAGCACAGUCCUAGGAUCCAUUAACCUGCAGCCUCAACAACAGGAAGAUCUACCAACUGGCUUGUGCACAGAUGAUACCCAGCAAAAUAAAACCACAGAAAAUAUGAAUGCAGACUCUCCUAUUGCAUCGGAUACUUUUGACCCUGACGAGUCAGAGAAAAACAAAGGCACUUCAGUGGAAAACACGGCAGGAGAUUUAACUCCACCGAAAGAUGUCACUGCUCUGCUUACUCCACCGCUCGACGAAGGCAGACCCGCUCCUCAGUCCCCCAGUCAGAUCCAGCCUUCCUUACCACACAGCUCCCCACCUUGUGACCCCCCUACCCUUUCUGAUCGCCAUGGUUACCGAUACCGAUGCAGCAGGUGCAGCCUGGCCUGCCCUACGCAGAAAAAGCUUCAUCUGCACUGGCAGUACCAUGCCAUGAGGGCGGCGACAGAAUGUCCCCUCUGUUCCAGACAAUGCCGCAGUCAGGAAGCUCUGCAGAGACAUAUGCAGAACACGCACUCACAGGUGAAGGACACAAUGCUACUGCCUGAUAUGGGACCAUACAUGGACACUAACAAAAAUUCAAUGACUCCACAAGACUGCAGUUCAUCAACUCAAGGGGCUGGAAAGGAUGAGAAUGAAGAGAUGGAGGAAGAAGCAGCUUUUGUGGAUGCUUUGGAGAGACAAAAUGGAGACGUGACCAUCGAGGAGAACAUGGUGACUAAAAACGACAAAGACGAAGCGGAGUUGACUAAACCAGAGAAAGUGUCACUUGAAGAGAUAUCAGAACAGAUUCCCAGCUCGCCUGUCAAAAAAGGCUACAACCCCACAGUAGACCGCUACCUGGAUCCAUCUAGACCCUACAAGUGCACCAUAUGUUCAGAAUCGUUUACUCAGAAAACUAUUCUUCUUGUCCAUUUUAACUCAGUCUCUCAUCUCCACAGAGCUCGACGAGCCUUACAGGAAUCUGGCACAAGUGUUGCGGCCCCUGAGGCACCCCGUGGCUCAGAUCCUAGACCAUAUCGCUGUAAGCUCUGUGGAGUUGGCUAUAGCCAAAGCUCCACACUAGACAUACAUCUUCGAUCAGUUCUUCAUCAGACCAGAAUUCGUGCCGCCCAGAACCCGUCUGUGCAGUCUCCAGCCUCUGUUGAGGAAGCUCAGGAGUCAGUCUCCGCUACCACUACACAGCCAGUUGAAGGAGAGAUGUCAAAUAGUUUGCCUCCUACCAAGAGAAUAGAUGUGGCAAGCUCUUUGUCCUUUUUGCUACCAGGUCUUGAACUACCAACGGAGGCCCAGAAAAACCUCACAAACCUGAUUGAGAGUCAACAGGCUGAAAAGAAUGUUGUAGAUAUUUUGGCUGCACAAAACCACCAAAUACUUUUACAGCAGCAGCAGCAGUUGGUGCAGGUUCAAGCACAAGCCCAAGCUCAGUUUCAACAAAAUACAGCUCUUCUGCAGUCCCAGAUCAUGCAGCACUUUCCUUUAAGGCCCGAAAACCUCCUGCAACAGCAUUUCUCUUUGACUCCAGACAGCUUGCUUUCUUUACAACAAAACCUUCUUCUGCCUUUUUACCUAUCGGGAGAAAUGAAACUUGACAUAGGCCCAGAAACGUGUCAUUUACUUUCCCCCAAGUCCAACAAUGACCAAGCAGAAGAUAAGGCGAAGUCUCUACUGAAAGCUGAGAAGAAACAAAUCCAGAAUGGUUCAGAUUUAGCUGUUAGCCCGGGUAAUGACCAUUUGCAGAGCCAAACCAAGGGUAAUGCAGUCGGCAAAGGAUCCUCCGCCAACCAGAUUGAAAAUGAAAAUCACAAAACUUGUCUCGAGGAAGAAGGAGAAAAAGAGGAAAUGCACGAUUCUUCAGUUAAUAGUGCCAAUGCCAUUCAAAGGGAUGAGAAUGACCCGUCUUCAUUUAACCCUCUUGGACAGCAGUGUCCUCCUCCCAGAGUGCCCUAUGCCUCUGUAAAUGGAGAACCUCUAAGAGCCUUAUUACAGUCUUACGGAUAUGAGUUGGCAAUGCAAUAUAUACAAAGUAAACGCCAACAUCAACACCAGAUGGCUGUGCAAAUGACAACUGAUGAACAAGAGCGCUCUGAUUCCAAUAUCAAACUUGGCUUUGUCACGGACAGAGACGAGUCUUGUAAACCACUGGGAAAGAUAACAGCCAGAGAUGAGUGUGAAAAUAAAAAUAACUUUCCAGCAAAAAAUAGUCAAAGUAAAGAAGAGAAAGCAGCCAACAGAGAGAAAACAUGUUGUGUUGGAGAAAAAUGUGACGACUGCGGGAAGUUAUUUUCAGACGCUUUGCUUUUAAAAAGCCACCAGGAAUAUAUUCACAGAAUGGUUUUUCCUGCUACUGCAUUGGAUAUGUUUUCUAGAAAGUACCGACUGCAAUAUGACCUCAUGCAUCCGCUCACACCUGCUACUAAAUAUUGUGAUAAUUCAACUUCUUCUCCCCAAGCGGUAGUACAGAUCACACCGACAUCUUCAGAGCCUGAAGUGACAGUAGAGCAAGUUAAGUCUCAAGUCAAACCAAUGGCACCCACUCCUGCGCAACCAGUUUCGGAUCUCACAACCAAAAUAAGUGACACAAUUACAGACGAGGCUUCCACUGCUCCUGCAGUCUCCUCCCACCAGAUUCCUUCGAAUCCAGAACCUACGCAGGAGGCGUCCGUCCCUGGAACAUCUGCUUCAACUACUCCUCAAACCAAAUUGCCGACUAAGUCCAUAUCGCUAUCCUUACCCAAAAUACCCAUGCUUUCGCUGCCCUUGCCCCAGCUUCCUAUAGCCCCCUUGCCUCUGUCUAAGCUCCCGCUACCCCCAAUUCCAUUUCCCAUGGAGCUACCUCUGAUACCACCAGUUGUAAUGCACCCUGUGGCUCUCCAGCCUCAACCUUGGUUGGAUUCAAAUGUAAAUCCGGAAAUUGCAAAGCUCUACCAGUCCCAACUCAAACCACCACUUCUUGGACAAACACCACAACUUAGUCCAACUUUGCUGGGUCAACCACCUCUCCCUAGCCCUGUCCAAACAGGACAGCAAAGCCAAGCGGGUCCAACGGUGCUUGACCAGCAGCAAGGUAAAAGGACCAGGACACGAAUCUCUGAUGAGCAACUGAUUGUUCUGAAGAAACACUUUGACAUCAACAGUCUCCCAAGUGACGAGGAGUUUAAAAAGAUAUCGUCUUUGUCAGGUCUCCCUCACAAAGUCAUUAAACAUUGGUUUCGCAACACACUAUUCAAAGAACGGCAACGCGACAAGGACUCCCCUUACAAUUUCAACAAUCCUCCAACCGUAUCACUGGAGGAAAGCAGCGAGGCGAUGUUACAAAACCAAGUGUUUACGCUUUCUCCUUGUUCACUAUCACCUGGUCUCCCAGCCAGUACCUCACCACAUGAUCAGACCACAGAGCUACACAGAGGAGAGCCUAACAGGUGCCAACGGUCCUCCAGAACCCGCUUCACAGAGCAGCAGCUGGAGACCCUGCAGAGGACAUUUGAGUCAACUCCUUACCCCAGGGAAGAAGAGUAUGACCAAAUGUCCGCACAGUUGUCUCUCCCUAACAGAGUCAUUGUAGUAUGGUUCCAGAAUGCUAGGCAGAGAGCUCGAAAAAAUCAAGACCGGAUGGCAGAUGGUGGCUCGGAGGGAAAAACGUCUCUCGAUAGCAUUCGCAGUCAAAGAAAUGAAAAUUAUAAAGACAGCGGUUCUGCGGACGAAAGACAAGAUGAUUCGCACAAUGAAAACUCUAUGGAUCUCUCCUAUGAAUAUUAUACUCAACCCGAGUCACCUGCUCUCGAUUCCCCCAGUCACUGCACAGAAGGCAAGCAUUUACCAGAAAGAGCCAAGAAGCCUGAGGAAGCAAAAACCUCUCCUAGUGCUUCGGAAUCACACAGUCGUCUGGAGCUUCUUCCAGUCCUAAAAAGUGAGCAAUCGUUGCAACCCGAACACAAGCAGGAAUCAGCUACUCAGCCUUACUCUUCUUCUACUUCAGAAAAUACAGAACCUGCAUCUCAUUCCAGCCCGGCGCAGUUAGAGAUUCCUUCUCGUGAUGAUAUUCAUGAAAAGUCUUCUGAGCCAUCACCUAACCUACCAUCUACCCAAGAGUCUAACCCAAGCAAUACUUGUUUGAUCGAUUCCACCAAUGUAAUGUCCACUGAGACACAGCCACUGCAGCUCCCAGCCAUGGGUCAGUACCAGUGCAGCGUCUGCACCGCGUCUUUACCUUCAUUCCAGCUGUGGCAGGAGCAUCAGACAAGACACAUUCUGGCAGCUCAGUCACAAGUCCAACUCCUACACUCUGGUUUUACAGAACGAACCUUGCCAUACAUGAUGCUUCACUCCAACCACACCCUCAUGGCCAGCCAAAUUCUUUCAGGUGCAAUGUCACAGAUUCCUUUCAGUCCCACCCAUUCUGUGAUCUCACAUUUAAACAACUUACAAAUGAAAAGCACACUCUCCGAACACUCCAGCAACACCCUCGCUGGCCUCUCACAAAGUCCCGUGGAACCUGUGAACCAGAGAGAUUCUAGUUUUGAAAGCCAGAGGGGCAGACGAGAGGCUGAGGAGGAACACAGAAAGGAUAAGCGCCAGAGAACCACCAUCACCCCUGAACAGCUCGAAGUGUUGUAUCACCGCUACAGCUUGGACUCUAACCCUACAAGAGGAGUCUUAGAAAGCAUUGCACGAGACAUAGGCCUCACAAGACGUGUGGUUCAGGUCUGGUUCCAGAAUACUCGAGCCAGAGAGCGAAAAGGACAGUUUCGCUCAGUAGGUCCAGGAUCCAGUUUCAGUUUGGGUCUAAACCAUCUGCGCUGUCCAUUCUGCAGGGCUCAGUUCAAGGUCAAGAGUGCUCUGGAUGCCCAUAUAAGGUCACGUCACAGGGCAGAGGCUGAACGAGCAGGUUGUAUUUUAUCGACAAAUAGCAUAUCUAGUGGACAGAUCGGUAUGGUUAUGCCAUACGUCACGGACAAACCAGGCACAUCCAUCCCCGGCAAAUCUGCGCACCCUAGCCGUGUCACCACCAACAAACAGUCACCCGUGAACCCAGCCGUAACUGCUUUGUUUUCAUCCACUCAUCUGAGUAAGGCUGAGGAGGAAGACGACUACGAGGAGAUCGACGAGGAUUACACUUUCGAGGAGUGCUUCGGUGUGGCUGACCAAGAAUCUUUUAGUCCGGAAAAUUCUGUGGGUUCGAGCUCUGAGUGGGCGGAGACUCAAACUUCACAGCAACAUGAGCACCACCACCACCAUCAGCAGCAGCAGCGUCAAAGAACACAGAUGAGCCACUUCCAGGUUCUGCAGCUCAGAGAUUUCUACAGGAGCCAUCGCACACCAAACCGGCACGAGUGCGAGGCACUGGGACAAGAGUUGGGACUGCCUCACCGGGUCGUGCAGGUGUGGUUUCAAAAUGCCAGAGCCAAGGAGAAAAGAACCAGGAGUCUUGGCUGUAAUACUGCAGAAGGAGAGCAGGCUGAGCUCUCAGGCGCAGGAGAGAGAGACAGAGCCUAACGUUUCACCCCCGGGGCCUCUGUGCUUCCUUCUACAUGGUUUCCCCACCAAAAUACUGUUUACUUUGCUGCCAAAUCUGUUACCUGAACACCCCAAAGAUACAGAGCCGCAGUGGCCCAAAGACAAACUCACUCAAGAGAUUCCAAAUGACAGCUUUUCUCUUUUCAGAUUCUACUUGGACUCUGUUCUGGUCUCUCUUUUCCAAGCUGGAAAGACCUCUCUAAGUUGUUAGCUUAGACUCCUUACUUCAACCAAACACCACGUGGAUUAAGACCAACCAGAUGCCAACAGAGGCCAAAGAUCAUUCUUUCAAGUUUGUGACCUCACUGCCCAAGCUACACCUGCAGUCUACCUCUCAGUCUGUUCGGCAGACUUACUGUGGGUACUAUAAGAGACAGUAAUAGAUGAAUAGCUGUGUAGCAUGUAGUUCCAGUCUCUACUACAACUGGAAAUAUAAAUUGUCAAAGAGAUUUAGUGUAAAUAGAUAACCACAAAAAAAAAAAAAAAAAGAUGGA